AGGGAGGUGGAGAGGGAAGCUGGUGAUGUAUAAGACAUCUGCUGAUCUGCUUUGCCUUCCAUGGCCUGUGCCAGGGACAGAUGAUACUUGGCCUUCUCUGAGGGAGAAGCAUCAUGGUGGUUCUGGCCCUGACACUCCUUGUAGGUACAGUUACUGUGUUCUCACUGGGCAGUCUGCUGUGGGUGAUUUGCAAACACUUCUGGACUGAACACAUCCCUGAUGGCAUCACCCACCCCUGGAAGCUGCGAAUCCUCAGUUGCUUACUCCAUCUGUCAAUGACAUGGGGGAUGCUUUUUGAGAAACUGGGACUCUGUUAUGCACCCCAGUUUGCCAGUUUUCUGCAUGAUCUGAAACCACUCAAGAAAGAUCCUGAUGUUUUGGUCAAAGAUCUUCGAUUUGGGACAAUCCCUGUGAAGCUAUACAAGCCCAAGAAACCCUCCUCCAUCCCAAGACUAGGAAUCCUUUUCUUCCAUGGUGGUGGAACCAUCUUAGGGAGCUUGAGAACCCACCAUAGCAUAUGCUUGCGUUUGUCCAAGGACUGUGACUCUGUUGUUGCUUCAAUUGGAUACAGAAAAUCUCCCAUGUACAAGUACCCAGUGAUGAAAAAUGACUGUGUGGUAGCCACUACCCACUUUCUGGAAUCACUGGAUGUGUAUGGAGUGGAUCCAGCUCGAGUGGUGGUCUGUGGUGACAGUGUAGGAGGAACUGCAGCCACUGUGAUUAGUCAAAUGUUAAUGCACCGAACAGAUCUCCCCAAGAUCCAGGCUCAGAUUUUGAUCUACCCCAUACUGCAAUUGUUAGAUUUCUGGAGCCCUUCUUAUCAACAGAAUGGCAACAUCCCACUGCUCUCUUGGAAUCUGGCCUUCUACUGCUUCUGUUGCCAUCUAGAUGUGAACUCUUCCUGGAAAAGUGUCAUAAAGAAUGGUAUGCAUUUGCCUCCAGAAGUCUGGGAGAAAUUCAGAAAGUGGUUGGGUGCAGAAAACAUCCCAGAGAGGUUUAAGAAGCGAGGCUACCAAUCUGUACCCCGGGGGCCUGUGAAUAACGAUGCUUACCAAGAGGUAAAAACUGCUCUGAACUAUACCUGCUCACCCCUCAUCGCAGAAGACAGUAUAGUAUCUCAGCUCCCAGAAACCUGCAUUGUGAGCUGUGAGUAUGACCUUCUCCGGGACCAUUCUAUCUUAUAUAAGAAGAGGCUGGAAGAUCUGGGGGUGCCUGUGACAUGGCAUCAUAUGGAGGAUGGCUUCCAUGGAGUGCUUAAUACACUUGACUAUGGAUUAUUGAGAUUCCCUUGCUCCUCAAGAAUUAUGGACCUGGUUAUCCAGUUCAUUAGAAAGUUCUGACCCUUAUUCCUUCCUGGGGGUGAUCCACCAGCCUAGUCUGGGUUAUAAAAUAAUACAAUGUACGUUCUUUUUGAUGACUAAAGAGGAGGCAAGGCAAGAAGGAUGAAGUGAGGCUCUUUGUCUUUGUUCACUGUUGGGGAAAAUAAGAGGUGACCAUCUUCAGCAUCCAUUUGAGAAAAUGAACCUGUGCAUGAAGCUUGUCCAUAAUCCCCUUAGCUAGAAUUCAGGCUGUCUGAGCUGAUUGAGACUGUAUGGUAGAUGUAUCUGGUUGAGUUGAUCUUGGAGGAAAUGUGUGUUGUGUUACAGUCUUAUUGAGCUUUGCCAAUGUGACUUAGAAUGUAGAGCUUUGAUGCCAAGUCUGGUGGGUGGUGAGUCGUGGUGAUAGUCUCUGGGUGCCCAGCUUUCUUGAGUUAAAAGUUAUUAAACAGUGGAGAUAGAUUCCCCAUGGUACAUGGCUCCUAGCUAGAGACAAGUGAUGACAGCCAAAGUUCCCUGCCUAAAAGAACUUGGGCAUUCUGGGUAUCAGAAUGAGUUCCCAACAAAUAGUCCUAAAGCAACAACAUAAAUAUUAAAAGACCAGAGUUAACAGGAAGCCAAGUUCAAUGAAAUUCAGAUUGCAUUCAUAGUGGGAAUUUUAAAGAGAGCCAAGGGAACACAUGUGUUAUUGUGAACUAUUUGUUCUAAGACAAAGAAUCAAUGCAUUUUGCCCCCAAGUAGAUAUAAAAUGGUUUGGCAUAUGUAGCAGAAAAUUUUAGGUAUAAAUCAGGUAUGGUCUUAUGAAGGGGCUCAGAAAGGACUACUGAUCUACCCUCUCUUCAUAUACCCUCUGUCCUUCUCUGUUCCAUGCUGAUGUAGUUAUUCUUUAUAUGGUGGCCCUGAACAAUUCGCUGCUAAGGUCUACAAAACCUAUGCUAACUUAUAUGGGUAUAUGCAUUUUCCUCAGAAGUCUCAACAAAUAUUUUACAGCAA